UCCGCACACCCACACACACACAUCCUGGAGCCGAGGAGAGGUCGGAGGAAAAGGUGUUCCUGGAGAUGAAUGCAGUUCAGCAGCUGGAGUCUGAAACUCAGCCAAAGCCCCGCCCCUCCCUCACCCGCUGCGCCGCAUGCUACAACCACAAGGCUAACAUGCUACGCCGGGGGGGGGAGGGGGAGUCCAGCUCCUCCAAUGACGACUCGGGACCAGAGGGGGGGUCAUCUUCAUCUUCCUCCUCCUCUUCAUCCCCCAGCUGCUCCGAGGAGGAAGAGGAGAGAAAUGAAGAAGUGGAAAAACAGGAAGAAGUGGAAAAACAGGAAGAAGUGGAAAAACAGGAAGAAGUGGACGGACAGAAAAUGGACAGUAAGACGAAGAAGAGGAGAUUGAGGCUCGUUAAAUCUUCCUCCCUCCCCUCCUCCCUGCCCUCCUCCCUCUCCUCCUCCUCCUCGUUCGCCCCCCGCCUCACCCCUCUCUCUCUGAUGCCCCGCCCCCACACCGUCGUCUCCACCCUGCACCUGGAGGUGUUCAACGACCCCCCCUCUUCCUCUUCCUCCUCUUCAUCCCACCUCUUCCUCAGACAGCAGCAGCAGGAAGAAGAAGAAACGACGUGGGGAGGAGCUCCUUGGAACACAAGAUGGCCGCCUUACCUGCAGCAACACCUGGCUCCUCCCCCAGCGAUGCUACACACACCUCUGCAGGCCCUGAAUGCACCACACCGCCCUUUUAAUGCACCACACACACCUCUGCAGGCCCUGAAUGCACCACACACACCUUUUCAAACCCUGAAUGCACCACACACACCUUUUCAAACCUUGAAUGCACCACAAACACAGAUGCAGGCCCUGAAUGCAUCACACACGCUUUAUAACGCACCACACACACCUUUUAAUGCAUCACACACACAGAUGCAUGCAACACACACACCUUUUGAGGCCCUGAAUGCAACACACACUCCUUUUCAUGCACCACACACUCUUUUUAAUGCACCACACACACAUAUGCAUGCCCUGAAUGCACCACACACACAGCUGCAGGCCCUGAAUGCACCACACACACAGCUGCAGGCCCUGAAUGCACCACACACACAGAUUUACCCGUAUUUUUCCACUUCUCACUUCCCUUACACUCAUUAGACUUCUUAAUACAACAUGUUAGAGGUUAUUGAUGGACUGUAACUUCAUGAAUGUAAUAAAAUAAAACGUCCUACACUGUU